AAUGGACUUGCGAAGUUUUAUUGAGCAAGAAAUGAGAAACAUUGCCUCUUCUUCUUCUUCUUCUUCUGCUUUUACUCCUAAAUGGACUUAUGAUGUUUUCUUGAGCUUUAGGGGUGAAGAUGUCCGAAAGAGCUUUGUCGACUUCCUCUACAGUGCUCUGCAACAAAAGGGAAUUUACACCUUCAAAGACGAUGAAAAGCUUGAAAGAGGAAGAUCCAUUUCACCUGCACUACUCCAAGCUAUUAAAGAGUCAAGAAUUGCAGUUAUAAUAUUCUCAGAAAACUAUGCCACUUCUUCAUGGUGUUUAGAUGAGCUCGCAGAGAUCAUUGACUGCAAACAUGUGUUGGGACAAACUGUUCUGCCGGUUUUUUAUUACGUGGAUCCAUCUGUGGUACGGAGACAGAAAGGCAGCUUUGAUCGAGCUUUUGUCAAACAUGACGAAAUAGAGGACAAGGAAAGGAUUCAAAAGUGGAGAGCAGCUCUGACUGAAGCUGCUUCUAUCUCUGGCUGGGAUGUUCCCAACACUGCUGAUGGGCAUGAGUCUAAAUGCAUCCAAGAAAUUGUUGAAUAUGUUGUGGCUAAAUUGGAGAGAGUUGACGCAAUUGAAGCAAAAAACCAAGUUGGUAUUGAUUCUCGAGUUCAGAAAGUAAAUGCAUUGCUGAAUUUGGGGUCUGGUAAGGUUCAGUUUAUAGGGAUUUGGGGAAUGAGUGGAAUAGGUAAAACAACCAUAGCAAGGGCUGUUUUUGACCGAAUAUCCACUCAUUUUGAAGGUGCCAUCUUUCUCGAAGAUGUCAGAAAACAAUCAGAAAGUCUGAAAAAUUUGCAAGAGGAGACUCUUUCAAAAACCAUUUGCUUGAAAGAUUUGAGGAUCAGCAGUGUUUUUGGAGGGUCAAAUAUGAUUCGGAGAAGACUAUGCAAUACAAAAGUCCUUAUUGUUCUUGAUGAUGUUGACUGCCUAGAUCAAUUAGAAGCUUUAGCUGGAAAACAUGAUUGGUUCGGUGCUGGUAGUAGAAUUAUCAUAACCACAAAAGAUAAGCAUUUGCUUGUUACACAUGGAGUAGAUGAAAUUCACGAGGUGGAGUUGUUGAAUCAAUCUGAAGCUAUUCAGCUGUUUAGUUGGCAUGCUUUUAAGAAGGACUAUCCUGCAAAAGGUUAUGAGGAGCUCUCGAAAAAAAUAGUGCAUUCUGCUGGUUGCCUUCCCUUAGCUCUAAAGGUUUUAGGUAGCUUUCUGUAUGGCAGAGAGAUGGCUGAAUGGAGAAGUGAAGUGGAAAGGUUAAAAAGAAUUCCAGAAGAUGAAAUUAUUGAAAAGCUCAAAGUAAGUUUUAAUGGACUCAGAGAAGUUGAAAAAGAAAUUUUCUUGGACAUUGCGUGUUUCUUUGAAGGGAAGAAGAAAGAAUACAUAAGAAGAGUACUUGAUAGUUUCGAUUUCUAUCCUGAUAUAGGCAUAAAGGUUCUCAUCGAGAAAUCUCUGGUAACCGUUUUUGGAGGAAGGAUUCUGAUGCAUUGUUUAAUACAAGAAAUGGGUUGGCAUAUUGUUCGCCAAAAGGCUCCAGAUGAGCCAGGAAAACACAGCAGGCUCUGGGUAGCAGAGGAAAUUUGUGACGUUUUGGCUAGAGACAAGGCGACAGAAAAUAUUGUGGGCAUGUGGCUGGACUUGCCUACCCCACAAGAUGUUGUAAUUAAGAAUGAAGCCUUUGAAAAGAUGAAGAAACUAAGGCUACUCAAAAUCAAUAAUGCUUGUGUUUCUCACUGCCCGAAUUGCAUACCGAAUGGGAUACGGUGGCUUGACUGGCAUGGAUACCCUUCAAAAUCCCUUCCACAGAGUUUCCAAGCUGAAAAGCUCGUAGGACUCAACCUACAGUAUAGCCGCAUCAUACAUCUAUGGAAAGGGAUAAAGUCGCUGGACAAAUUGAAAUACAUCGACCUGAGCUAUUCCCAGAAGUUAAUAAGAAUGCCAGACUUCACAGGGAUACCAAAUCUUGAGAGAUUGAUCCUUGAAGGCUGUUCAAGUCUCGCAAGUCUGCCAAGCAGCCUUUGCAGAUUGAAAUGUCUUGAAGCUCUUAUUCUUUCUGGCUGCUCAAAACUUGACGAGUUACCAGAAGAGCUAGGACAUGCACUGAGCUUAAAAGAGCUUUAUGUUGAUGGAACUGCCAUCUCCAAGCCACCAUCCUCUAUCGUACAUUUGAAAAACCUAAAAACAUUGUCUUUCAGAGGAUGUAAAGCAAUGGCAUCUCGUAUAUGGAGAGCAUUCUUGCCCUCUUGGUUGCUGGGUCAAAAAAGUCAAGUUUCAACUGGCUUGGUUUUUCCAUCUGUUUCAGGAUUAAACUCCCUAGCAAAACUAGAUCUUAGUGAUUGCAAUCUGUCAGACAAAGAAUUACCCUGUGAUUUAGGGAGCUUAUCCUCCCUAGUAGAAUUAAAUCUUGGCAAGAACAACUUUACUAGUAUCUCUGCCGCAAGUAUCAAGAACCUCAGUCGCCUUCGAAUCCUUGAAUUAGUUGGCUGCAAGAGACUUGAGAUACUUCCAGAGCUUCCACCUUGUAUAGAAGAAGUGUAUGCAGAUAAUUGUACAUCAUUGCAGAGUGCAACUGAUUUGACAAAGCAUGGGUUGUUACACAGGGUUUCAUUCAGUAAUUGUUUUAAGCUGCUUCAGGAUGAACGAACUUCCAGCAUGAUAUAUGCAACUUGGAACCACAUGCUAAAGAAAUUUUCACUUGUAGAAGGUGGUAGCUUUAGCAUCUGUCUUCCUGGAGGGAGCAUUCCAUCCUGGUUCACCUACCAGAAUUCAGGGCCUUCAAUAACAAUUGAGCUUCCUCCAAAUUGGUACAACAAUGAGUUCAUGGGAUUCGCAGUUUGUGUUGUUUCUGAUUUGAUAAGGACCCCAUUUUUGUUGGAAUUACAAUGGCGUGAGCUUCUACAGAAAAUUCCAGGUUUUCCUGUCCAGUUUACUCUCAUAGAUAAGGAGAUGAAUCGCUUUUGCUACGUAUUCACCAUGGCUUUUGUGGGGGCCGAAAACAACAUUGAUUCAGAACAUACUUGUCUAGGAUAUCUUCCAUUUGAUAAUAUUUUGGAUGCGCUUGCGUUUACAAGACGGCGUAAUGGGUCUUUGCUACAUUUGUGGCCAAAUAGCUUACGCAGCCCAAAUGAUUGGACUUGCAUUGAGGCGUCUGCUCAAGCUGAUGUUAAGGAAUGUUUGGCUUUCAAAGAAUGGGGAAUCAGUCUUGUAUACGAGAACGAUGUCAGGCAGAAUUCCGAACUUUUGAUGGUCCCACAAAGCUCUGAGUUGGGAGAAAGGAGAUUCUCAUCCAAUGUGAUUGUCAAUAGACUGAAAUCCAGCAGGAGGAGAAGAGGCCUUGAAGCUUUGCCAGGUUUUCCAUCAGAAUUGAUUCAGAUCGGGGACCCCUCAGUUCAGAUGCCCGCCCGCGUUGAUGCUGUCCAUGUAUUUCCCACAGUAGCGACUGAUCUUCCUAGCCUAGUGUCUGAUGUACAUCGCGUAGGUGGAAGCAUUGGAGGAUGCGAUACUAUAACAACAAGAACAGGUAGCUGCUAUAGUUAUUAUUAUUAGUAUUAAUUACGUCAACAAGAUCAUCAUUGUGUCUAGAAGUCUGCAAAUGUUAUUUGUUUCCAUUUUAGUGUAUAAAUAUGCAUAUCACAAUUAAUAAACAAAUGUUAAGCGGGGCUAUUGUAAUCAAACUAUUAUCAAUUUUAUAAAAAUAAACUCGCUUCUGUCUUCGGAAGUGUUCGGAGCCCAAAUAGCGUACGGAGCCCAAAUUUCCAUUAUUACUGCCCUCGUCAGCCUGCACUUUACUUUUACUCCACUUACUAUUACUAUUACGACCGUUCGGGUGUCCACUGUGGAGCCCCCUCUUAAACGACUACGCAUUGCUACUAUUCUCCUAGUAAGUAGCUGACGACAUCUCCAUUGCCCCGAACAACUUCUCCGGCAACUCAUCUUGGAGGUAAUUAUCCACGUCGAUUUGGAGGUAAUUAUCGCUGACAAAAUAAUUGCACUUGAGCGCUUUUCCCAGUAAACAUUCCCGACGGCGGCUUUUCACAAUCCACGGCCCCUUGACUAUCCGAUUCACGAUCUUCAACUGGCUGUUCCGGAAGUUUUGUCUUCGUGGACGAACCCGUAGAGGAGAGAGCCCGGUUGGAGGCCUUCGUCUUCCUUAGUGGCGAAGUAAAAUACUGCGCUGUGGUGGGUCCCUUCCGGGGACUUGGAGAUUGACAACUAUGAGGAAAGUUUUCAGACUCUUUCCUUGAAGAUUGGAGCCUGGAGGAUUUGAGUAAGUUCAUGACUGGUUAUCGGGUUCGGGCGAGGACAUGGUCCAGCUUGGCGUUGGAUAGGAGCCAAUCGACGCCAGCGGGUUGGAGAAGCCAGGGGUCGGAGGGUACUUUUGUCCUUUUAGUCAAAUAGUUGGGUCCACAGAGAGAGAAUAAAUCGCCUGGAGGUGAAGCCCAGCCGUUGGAUCCAGUGUGGAGAUCUACGUGCUUUAAGGAUCCGCCGUUGCUGGCUUCUUGUGCUGCGGCAAUGGUGGUGGAGCUCCGGUGACUGUGGUGGUGAUAAUGGUGCUUUUGCUUCUGCU